CUGCAGUGUUGAAAUUAGAUCGGACUCUUUUUUUUUUUUUUUUCUCCACAAAACCUCAUUUUGAGCAUAAUCGACUCAGGUUUGAUGACUCGUUUCAGUAAAAUAAGUUUUUUCCGACAGCCUUGAACGCAGAGAGCAAAACCAGGAAGUACUUUUUUCCCCAGCCACUUCAGUUGAACUAUCAUAUUUUACCACUCAUUUUUGCAGCAGUACUAUUUAAAAGUUAUCUUUAGUGAAAACAAAACGGCAAAGGAAUCCGUCCAGCUUCCUUCAGACAUGCAGUCAGAGCAGGAGGAUGAUUCUCCUCCUGAGGAAUAUGUUGCCGUGUCUGACUUCACCGGAAGCGGCAGUGACCAGCUGACUUUCAGCACCGGUGACAGGCUGCUUGUGUUUGUGAAGCCUUCGUCAGAGUGGUGGUGGGCAGAGCUGCGGGGGGUCACCGGGUACGUUCCUGCCGGGUACCUUCGGCCGGAAGAGGAGGACCCGUGGCAGGACGAGGAGUACUUUGGCACCUAUGGGACUCUGAAGCUUCAUUUGGAGAUGCUGUCCGAUAAGCCGCGCACUGAAGCGUACAGACAGGUUGUCCUUGUCAACAGUGCUGCUCUGAAGAACAAGGUGGUGAUGGACCUCGGUUGUGGGACUGGAAUCAUCAGCCUGUUCUGUGCUCAGCUCGCACAACCAUCAGUGGUGUAUGCUGUGGAGGCGAGCUCUAUGGUGGAUUACACCAGACAGCUUGUGAAGCAGAACAGCUGUGAAGAGGUGGUCACAGUGCUCCAUGGGAGAGUAGAGGAUGUGGACUUAGCUGAGCAAGUGGACAUCCUAGUUUCUGAGUGGAUGGGCAACUGCCUGCUGUUUGAGUUCAUGGUGGAAUCAGUCGUGCUGGCCAGGGACCGGUGGCUGAGGGAAGGUGGAGUUAUGUGGCCUUCUUCUGCAGCCCUCACCCUAGUACCAUGUCAGGCUGACAGUUAUUACGCAGAGAGAAUGACCUUCUGGGAACAACCCUAUGGCCUGGAUUUCACCCCUCUACAGCCCUUAGCACUCCAGGAGUUCUUUGCUAAGCCAAAGUUCAACCACCUUCUUCAGCCUGAAGACUGUCUCUCCACACCAUCUGAUGUCCUCUUUUUGGACAUGUACACUCUGAAAGUCAAAGACUUGGAGGAAGUGCAGGGCCAGUUUUUGUUUGACGUGGAGAAGUCUGGUUUUUUCCAUGGAUUCACAGUGUGGUUCACUGUUCAUUUCAAAAGCCUAGAGAAGGGAGGUGCAACAGUGGAGCUCAACACUGGACCUUACUCUGAACCUACUCACUGGAAGCAGACUCUGUUCAUGCUAGACGAGCCAGUCAGUGUGUACGCCGGAGACUCCAUCAGCGGAAGCAUUCGUCUCCACAGGAACCCCGUGUGGAGACGACACAUGACCGUCACCCUGCACUGGAACAUCACCAGCAGUACACCGGGAAAAAUCAACUACCAGGUUGGGUCAAAGAGUUUCCCCAUGUGGAGGUGAUCGGUUUCUUGAUCAGCAGCAGAUACAGCGGGGGUGGGUGCUGCCAACACUGAAAUUUUGCUGAUUUGGAGUGAAGUCUGAAUUUGAUAUUCUGUUGAAUGUGAAGGUCCGAGGGGCCUCGUGAGGCAGAUGGUGUACCAACAUACAGUAAGCACAGGAAUGACGUAGUACAUGAGUCAGGUGAACAGAGGCUACGUGCUCACGACAAACUUGUGAAGCGCUGUGAUACGCACUUUGUCACUGCAGCUAUGUGGAAAAACCGGCUGUGCUGAAUGUGGCGUGGCAUUGAAAAUGCUUCACCAGUCACUGACAAAUAAAUUGUACCGGGGGUGACUGCAGUCUACGCCAGUGUAUGUUGGAACAACAGAACCCAUACACCUAUGUGGAAAAUGGGAACACUCCUCAGAGAAAGGUUCCAGGUCACAACAAACCACCACAUCACCAAGAUGCCUCUCAACUGAAACAACAGUUUUUGUUUGUUUUUUAAACAGAAAACUGAAGAAGUAGCUUCAUGCUUCUACACACUGUGUUUUAGUAUUAUAUGUGCUUAUUGUUGUAUGACAGACCUACUGGUAAUCAGUACUAGGUAUGACUGCUGGGAUAGGCUCCAGCCCCCACCACCCGGAGCCUUCACUGAAGUAAGUGGGUAUAGAAAAUGAAUGGAUACUAGGGAUGUAAUUUGUAUGAAAAACACAACUUGGAGUGUUAUGGCCUGAAAAACUUGACAUUAAAUUUAGCCUUAUACACUGAACUACACAAUAAAAUUGAUUUCAAAAGUAAGUUGGUAAAACAGGAUGUACCCCCCCCCCCCCCGCCCCCAAAAAAUACAGGUCCAUACAUGUUUAUCUUUCAUCAUAUUGAUAUAGGCCUGAUAUUUAAGUAUUUAUUUUGCAAUUUAAUAGCAUUGCAUUACUUCACAGCAUAUUUAUAAGCAUCAGUUUAAAAAUCAUACUGCAGCUGUUUAAACAUAUGGCAGGUGAAUAUAAAAAAAAAAAAAAAAGAAAAUACAAACACAUCACAGCUUCAUAAACCCUGUCAUCAUCUGCAGGGACAAAACACACAGCUCCUAAAAGCACAGCAGGCUUGUAUUUUGUGAUGAAACUGGACGUUAAUGUUAAAACUCACUCCACCAACAACAACCACACCAUCUCUCCUCUCGCUUUCCUUCCUUCUGCACAAACUGCCAUUUCCACUAG